AAUACAUCUUAACGUUAGAUGUCACCCGCCAGUAAAAAUCACGAAGAAGAAGAAGAAGAAGAAGAAGAAGCUAUGGCGGCCGCCUUGAGGGGAACGUUGGUAACUUUGGCCAAGGGCCUGGGAGGCGCCCGCUUGCAUCAGCUGGCCUCUCGGCCGCUAAGUGUUUCAGCGAGUCUCUGUGGAGCCGAGAGCCCACCAGCCCGCGCUGAUGGUACCUUCAAAGUCACCAUGGUUCCAGGGGACGGCGUGGGACCUGAGCUGAUGACUGCGGUCAAGGAUGUCUUUAAGGCAGCUGACAUUCCUGUUGAGUUUGAGGAGUUCCACCUCAGUGAAGUUCAGAACAUGGCGAGUGAGGAAAAGUUGGAGCAGGUAUUGACCUCGAUGAAAAACAACAGAGUGGCCAUCAAAGGAAAGAUUCACACACCAAUGGAGUUCAAAGGGGAGUUGGCCUCUUACGAAAUGAAACUAAGGCGUGAGCUGGACCUGUUUGCUAAUGUGGUCCAUGUGAACAGCCUGCCGGGCUACAACACUCGCCACAACAACCUGGACCUCGUCAUCAUUCGGGAGCAGACUGAGGGGGAGUACAGCUCCCUGGAGCAUGAGAGUGUGCCGGGCGUGAUCGAAUGUUUGAAGAUUAUCACCAGGGUGAAGUCGCGGCGCAUCGCCAAGUUUGCCUUUGACUACGCCACUAAGAAGGGGCGAAACAAGGUCACAGCAGUUCACAAAGCAAAUAUCAUGAAAUUGGGGGACGGCCUGUUUCUGCAGAGUUGCGCAGAGGUGGCAGAGCUGUACCCCAAAAUCAAAUAUGAGACCAUAAUCAUCGAUAACUGUUGCAUGCAGCUGGUCCAAAACCCCUACCAGUUUGACGUACUGGUCAUGCCCAACCUUUAUGGAAAUAUUAUCGAUAACCUGGCAGCGGGACUGGUUGGAGGAGCCGGAGUCGUUCCAGGGGAAAGUUACAGUGCGGAAUAUGUUGUUUUUGAAACUGGAGCUCGCCACCCGUUUGCACAAGCAGUGGGAAGGAACAUCGCCAACCCUACAGCCAUGCUCCUCAGUGCUGCUAACAUGCUGAGGCACCUCAACCUGGAGUACCACUCCCAAAUGGUAUCAGAAGCUGUCAAGAGGGUCAUCAAACAGGGAAAGGUUCGAACGCGAGACCUUGGCGGGUACUGUACCACUGGCGACUUUGUGCAUGCAGUUGUGGAGAACCUGCGCCACCGACCCGUCCAAUAAGAUCCCACCCGCCACACCCAUGUCGCCCUAAAUGUGGACCUAGAUCCUAACAUGACCUGAGGGGCAUGUUAAGACUGAAACCCUUCCCUCCUCCAUGUUGUAUCCCAUAUGUGUUACACUGCUUUGACAUUAGGGGCCUCCAAUAUUAUCAUUUAAUGUAUUUGUGAUUGAGCCUGUGUAAAAGCAGUGAUUUGUGACGUACUUUGUGGAAAAAAAAUACACAGUUUAUCCAGAUUUCCAUCCUGCAUUUUGUUCUGUUUCCUCUCCCCACCUGCUGUCCCUUUCCCUCCAUAAUACCGUCUCUUUUUUUGUCUUAAUUUAAAAAAAAAGAUUAUCAGUUUGAGCAUUUUAAUCAUUCCGUGUUAAACUAAUGGGUAUACUUAUAUAUUUAUUAAACGUUAAUCCAAAUGGGGCCUCUACAUUCGUAUUUGUUUGCAGUCUGGAAUAGUUUAAAUCAGUGCUUUACUGUUUUCUUAAGUGGAGAAAAAUUGAGCUGCUAUAUUAACGGUUUCUGCAUAUUUGAAAAGUAUAGAAUUUGCUUUUAUCAUUUUCCCAGACCUGGUGUAGAAGAAUGUUUCAAUUUCCAGACUUUAUUCUGAUUUCUAAAAGAUUAAAAUCUUCAUAACAUGA